AUGAGCAGCCAACUCCUUCUCCUGGCUGUGCUCCCAGCACUCCUGGGUCCUCCAGCUGCCAUGGCACAGAAGAGGAGCCAAGCAGUGUGCGAGAAUGUGCUGGAGGCUGACAUCGCCUUCCUGGUGGAUGGCUCAUCCAGCAUUGGAAGGAACAACUUCCGUGCUGUCCGCACCUUCAUGGAUGAGCUGGUGGCACCCUUUGUGCAGGUGGUUGGUGAGAAGGCAGUGCGCUUUGCCAUGGCACAGUACAGUGAUGACCCACGGGUGGAGUUCCCAUUCUCCCAGCACACUGAUGGUGCAAGUGUCCGGAGAGCCAUCCAGCAGCUGAGCUACAAGGGUGGCAACACACGGACAGGCGCUGGCUUCCGCUCCAUUGCUGACAACUUCUUCGGCCCCACGCAGCGCCGGCCUGGCGUCCCCCAGAUCUGCAUUCUCAUCACGGACGGCAAGUCCCAGGAUGAUGCUGAGGGGCCGGCAGCGAAGCUGAAGAGCCAGGGCAUCAAGGUCUUUGCCGUGGGUAUUAAGAAUGCUGACCAUAAGGAGCUGAUCCGUGUGGCCUCAAUGCCUACUGAGGCCUUCUUCUUCUAUGUUGGUGAUUUCAAGCUGCUGGACACGCUCGUGCCACUGAUGACACGCAGGGUGUGCACAAGUGUUGGGGGACAGCCCCUGUGCUGCCCCACAGAUGGGCCAAGCCACACUGGCCCCUCCAACCUGGAGAUCCCAGAGGGGGGCCUCGACCAUCUGCGGAUCCGCUGGAGAGCAGCCAGUGGUCCCCUCACUGGCUACCGGGUGCAGUACUUACCUCUGACAGGGCUAGGGCAGCCCAUCAUGGCAGAGAGGCAGGAGGUGAGCGUGGGACCACGGGAAACAAGCACUGUGCUACGGGGACUGCGUGUUGGGACAGAGUACCUGGUCACUGUCACUGCCCAGUAUGCCAACAGCAUUGGCGAGUCAGUGUCUGGCCGAGCACGAACCCGUGAGUGUGAGGGGAUGCACUUGACUGUCCACAACGUCUCAGCACAGAGUAUGCUGCUGGCCUGGCAGUCUGUCAGUGGUGCUACUGGCUACCGGCUCUCCUGGGCAACCCACACAGGGCAGGACAGGCACAGGGUGGACCUGGAUGCUGGGCAGACAUCACAUGCACUGGUGGGGCUGCAGCCCAACACUGACUAUGUGGUGAUGGUGGCCCCACUCUUCAGGCAGCUGGAGGGGCCCACAGCCACUGUGAAGCAGAGGACAGAGGCAGGUACAGACCAGACGCUGCAGACCAACAUCCUGGGCCCCACAUCCAUCCAGGUGCUCUGGACCAGUGCCCGUGAUGCUCGUGGCUACCGUCUGGAGUGGAAGAGAGCUACAGGACCAGAGCCCCCCAGAACGGUGUCUCUCCCCAGCAGCACCAAUACUUACCAGCUGACAGGGCUGAAGCCCGGCACCGAGUACCGCAUCACCCUCUACACACUCUACGAUGGUGGGGAGGUGGCCACCCCUGUCACCACCUUUCAGACAGGCAUGGAAGCACCCAUGGGUGCUGUGUCAGACCUGCGGCUCAUCGAGGAAUCGGGCAGGCGGGUACGGCUGAGGUGGACCGGUGUCCCCGGUGCCACCGAGUACAAAGUGGUAGUGCGCAACAACCAGGAUGGCACGGAGAGGACGAGGCGUAUCCCAGGCAGCCAGACAGGGCUGGAGCUUGGUGACCUCCAGGAGGGCAUCGCCUACCUGGUGCGUGUUUCGGCACUCGCAGGCAGUCAGGAGGGCAAUGCUGCCACACUCACCAUCCGCCUCAGUGACACUGUGGUGCUAUGGGAUGGUGCAGAGUAUCCAGAAGUGGGCAGCAUUUCGGAGCUGCGGGUGAUGGAGGCCGGUCCCAGUCAGCUGCGGGUCACCUGGCGAGGGCUACCAGGUGCCGGGGGCUACCUGCUGAUGUGGCAAGGCAGUGAUGGUCUGAAGAAAUCCCGCUUUCUCCCUGCUGAACCCACCACCUUCACCAUUGAGGGGCUGCACGCCAACAUUGUCUACACUGUCAGUGUCUCAGCCAUUGUAGAUGGCCGUGAGGGCAGCCCUGUCACUGCCACGGGACGGAUAGUGCCAGAGCAGGUGGGGAAGGUGACCCAGCUGGAGGUGCAGGCAUCCAGGAGCAAUGUUGCCCGUGUCACUUGGGUCGGUGUGCCGGGAGCCACUGCCUACCGUGUGGUGUGGAGCCGCAGGGACGGGGGUUCGGAGAAUAGCCGACAAGUUCCUGGCCACACCAACUCCUUUGACAUCCCCAGCCUGGAGGGAGGCGUCUCCUACACUGUGAAGGUGACAGCACUCAUUGGCAACCGGGAAGGCAACCCCGUCUCUGUUGUUGUCACCACCCCGGAGGCAGUCCCCCUACGCUCCAUCAGCGGCUUCCAGGUGACCGAGGCCUUGGAGCACCACCUGCGCCUGACCUGGCUGCCAGUGCCUGGCAGCACCGGGUACCGUCUGUUCUGGCGCCUGGCUGAAGGGGGGUCCCAGCAUAGCCAGCAGCUCCCAGCCACCUCCAGCUCUUAUGUUCUGUCGGGACUGGAACCGGGCCGGCGCUACCAGAUCAGCAUCACCAGCCUGGCUGGCAGCCGAGAGAGUGAACCAGCCACCAUCACUGCUAUCACCGCAUCCCCAAGCCACAUCACCAGCCUGCGGGUAAGGGAGGUGCAGAGAGAUUCAGUGACUCUCACUUGGACCCCAGUCCCUGGCGCCUCUGGUUAUGUCCUAUCCUGGAGUCCUCCCGCAGGUGAGAUGAAUGGGUGGCCCCAGGAUGGGCAGACGCUGCCCAGCACUGCCAGCUCCCAUCAGGUGUCUGGGUUGCGCCUGGGUCAGCGCUACACCUUCACCCUCCGCCCACUCCUGGGGAGUACACCGGGUGCCGAGGUGUCCGUCAGUGAGCGCACAGUCUGCAGGGAUGCCCUCGGUGACGUGGUCUUCCUAGUACACGGCACCCGCAACAGCUCCUCUGGUGCCCACGCUGUCCGCACCUUGCUCUCCAACACCGUGUCUGCCCUGGGACGCCUGGGCCCUGAGGGCACACAGGUGGCCCUGGCCACAUACAGCUACCGCAGCCUGCCCUGGCUGCUCCUCAACCGCUCCAGUGACCUGCCCACCGUGCUGGAGCAGAUCCGCACCAUGCGCUAUGAGGAGCCCAGCGGCAACGCCAUUGGGGCAGCCAUCACCUUUGCCAGGACCUAUCUGCUGAGUCCUGGUGCAGGGCGCCGUCCUGGGGUGCCAGCAGUGCUGGUGGUUCUGGCUGACAGCCCCUCUGGGGAUGAUGCCAUCACUGUGGCCAGGGAUGUCAAGGCUGGGGGGGUCCAGGUGCUGGCAGUGGGCAUGGAGGGGGCAGACCGGGAGCAGCUCCGGCGCAUGGUCACCAAUGAGGACCCUCAGUACAUCUACCAUGGCAACAACCUAGCAGAGCUGGAGGGAGAGCUCACUGAUGACCUCUGCACCAUCAUCUCCACCAGGCCAGCGCCAAAGCCAAAGCCCUGCACUGUGCAGUGCCCCAAGGGCGAGAAGGGAGACCGCGGUGAGGCAGGACUGCAAGGACGUAUGGGACCACCAGGUCUCCCUGGUCAGCCGUGGGGUCGCCACGGGCUUCCUGGCCCUCCAGGUCCACCAGGGCCACAGGGUCCACCAGGAGAGAGUGCUGAGAGUCUGGGCAAGAAGGGGGACAGGGGGACACGGGGGCCCAUGGGACUUACUGGCCCAAAGGGGCAGAAAGGUGAACCGGGAGAGCCCAGGGUGAUCACGGAUGGACAACAGAGGCUACCAGGCCAGAAAGGGGAGCCAGGUGUGCCGGGAGAAAAGGGUGACCGAGGGGAAAGGGGCCCCCCUGGAUUUGUAGAUGGGGCAGUACCUCGAGGGGAUCCUGGACCCCCAGGCCCACCUGGGGACCCCGGGCCUCGGGGACCUGCUGGACCCCCUGGCUUGAAGGGAGAGAAGGGUGAUGGCACAGAAGGUUUCCCAGGGUCACCUGGCCGCCCUGGGGACCCAGGAGACAGGGGUCCUCGGGGGCCACCAGGAGAGCAGGGCAGGAAGGGAGACCGUGGGGCACCGGGCGAGCUGGGAGAGACAGGCGAGAAGGGAGACCGUGGUGUGCCAGGCCCACAGGGUGAGAAGGGUGAGACAGGAGCCCCAGGGCACCCAGGGCCAUCAGGCAGAGAGGGAGCUCCAGGACCUGCUGGCCCCCGGGGGGAGAAGGGUGAUCCAGGACCACCUGGCAAGCCAGCUCCUAGCGUGGCUGGUGUUGGAGAGAAGGGUGAUAGAGGUUUCCCAGGACCAGAAGGACCUCCUGGCCCCAAGGGUGACACAGGAGAUAAAGGUGCCCGUGGUCCCCCUGGCCUGAGCAUCCCAGGGCCACCCGGCCCCAAAGGCGAGCAGGGCGAUCGGGGUAUCGUUGGCCUCACAGGCAGGAGCGGACCAAAGGGUGACCCAGGAGAGCCAGGGGAGAAGGGGGAGCCAGGCCGAGCAGGCACCCCUGGGCAGAUUGGGCUGCGAGGCAAGGAGGGAGAGCGAGGAGAGAAAGGUGACGAAGGCACCCCGGGUGAAGCGGGUCUGCCUGGCAAACCUGGAGACAGGGGUCCCCGGGGCCUUCCUGGCUACCGUGGUCCCCCUGGGGAGAAGGGUGAUUUGGGGGACCCAGGACCUGAAGGCAGGAAUGGCAGCCCUGGAGCACCAGGAAGCAAGGGUGACCGUGGGGACCCAGGGCCUCCUGGACCCCCAGGACGAACUGUUGAUGUUGGGCUCGGAGGAGUGGGGGCAAAGGGUGAGAAGGGGGACCCUGGGGACCCGGGCAAGGAUGGUGCGAGCGGUGCCCGGGGUGAUGCUGGCCCCCCUGGAGUGCCUGGAGAGAGGGGUGUGGAGGGCCCCCGUGGCCCCCCUGGCACACGGGGUGACCCUGGGGACCGAGGCCUGCCAGGAGAGAAGGGGGACCGUGGUCCACCAGGGCUGGAUGGCCGCAAUGGGCUGGAAGGCAAACCUGGGCCCCCAGGGCCUGCUGGGCUGCGGGGAGACCCGGGAAAACAGGGAGAUCCUGGCCGGGAUGGGCUUCCUGGGCUGCGUGGGGAGCAGGGACCACCUGGUCCUGUGGGUCCCCUGGGACCACCUGGUGUGCCUGGCAAACCCGGUGAGGAUGGCAAACCUGGUCUGAAUGGCAAGAAUGGAGAAGAUGGAACGCCAGGAGAGGAUGGGAGAAAGGGAGACAAAGGUGAUACAGGACUACCUGGGAGAGAGGGUCGCAGUGGUGCCAAGGGUGAGCAGGGGGACAGAGGUGUGCCAGGCCCCCUUGGCCCCCCUGGCCUUCCCGGUGUCCCAGGGCAGGUUGGCCCCCCAGGCCAGGGCUCCCCAGGCCUCCGUGGGGUGGCUGGACCAAAGGGGGACCCAGGGGAGCCUGGACUGCGAGGGGAGCCGGGGCGACCUGGCAACCCUGGAGCACGUGGUGACCCUGGGACUACAGUGAACAUUGAACGUAGCCUGGAAGCGCUUGGCAUCAAGGUUUCAUCCCUGAAGGAGCUCACAGGUGCCUAUGAUGGGAGCUCAGACUCAUUUCUGCCGGGGUUCGAGCGGCUGCGGGGCCAGAAGGGCAGUCGGGGGGAUCCAGGAGAAAGGGGGCCCCCAGGCCGAGAGGGCUCCUUAGGCUUCCCUGGUGAGCGAGGACCCAAAGGUGACAAGGGGGACCCAGGUACCCCCGGCCCCCAGGGCCCCAUUGGCCGGGCCGUGGGUGAACGGGGUCCUGAAGGCCCUCCUGGUCAGCCAGGGGAGCCUGGCAAGCCAGGCAUUCCUGGGGUGCCGGGCCGGGCUGGGGAGCUAGGGGAGUCCGGGAGGUCUGGUGAGAAGGGCGAUCGAGGCGAGAAGGGUGACCGAGGUGAGCAGGGAAGGGAUGGCUUGCCUGGACCCCCAGGGCCCCCAGGGCCCAAGGUGGACGUGGUGGAGGGCAGCCUAAUGGGCCUCCCAGGUGAACGCGGCCCCAUCGGACCCAAAGGAGCAAAGGGUGAGCCAGGAGCUGAGGGCGAGCGGGGACCCAAAGGAGAUAAGGGCGAGGGUGGCUUGAGGGGUGACCGAGGGGAGCCCGGUGAGAAGGGCAGGGACGGUGCCCCGGGUCUCCCGGGUGAGAGAGGGCUGGCCGGCCCUGAGGGGAAGCCGGGCUUGCCAGGCUUUCCUGGUGUGCUGGGCCGCCCGGGCAGUCAGGGAGACCCAGGACCCCCAGGACCUCCGGGCAGCACUGGCCCACCAGGGACCCAGGGCCCAGCUGGGGCCAAGGGUGAUCCAGGAGAACCUGGCUCCAGCAUCCGUGGCUUGCCUGGCCCCCAGGGCAACAUGGGCCUGCCAGGACCCCUUGGCCCCCCUGGCCCAGCGGGCCCACCAGGUGUCCCUGGGCUGCCGGGACAAGUGGGGGAGAGCGGGAAGCCAGGAGUGCCAGGCAGGGAUGGUGUGCCUGGGAAGGACGGUGAGGCAGGAGUGCCUGGGAAGAUGGGCUUACCGGGACCUUCAGGGCCUGCUGGUCCCAAGGGAGAGCCAGGGGAUGCUGGAGUCCCAGGGCAGGCCAUCGCUGGCCCCCCUGGAGCCAAGGGAGAGAAGGGUGAGCCGGCGCUGCUGGAGGGUGUGCUGCUGGGAGAGCCCGGUUCCAAGGGUGACCGAGGCUUGCCAGGCCCCAAGGGUGAGAAGGGGGAGCCAGGAAGGUUUGGAGAGCCAGGAGAUCCUGGGGAAGAUGGAGCCAAGGGAUCUCCUGGAGCCAAAGGGGAGAAGGGAUCAUUGGGUGUCGGUGCACAGGGACCACCAGGACAGGACGGGCCUCCAGGUUUGAAGGGUGACACUGGCUUGCCAGGAUUACCAGGACCCCCAGGCUUAGCAGGCGUUGCUGGGAUGCCAGGACAGCCAGGCCUGAGAGGGGACAGUGGACAGCCUGGCCCUCCAGGUCCCCCAGGAGAGAGGGGUUUGAUCGGCUUUCCUGGAAGGGAUGGCACCGCUGGACCACCAGGACCUGUGGGGCCCCCAGGGCCGGCCGGCAUUCAAGGGGCUCCUGGCCUGAAGGGUGACAAGGGCGCUCUGGGGGCUGGGCUGCCAGGAGCCAGAGGUGAACGUGGUGACCCAGGACCACGGGGUGAAGAUGGGCGCCCAGGGCCAGAAGGGGAUCGUGGGCCAGCAGGCUUGCCUGGAAACCGUGGAGAGCGUGGGGACAAGGGAGACCUUGGGGCCCCAGGACCCAAAGGAGACAAGGGUGAUACUGUGGUGGUGGAGGGGCCACCUGGAGCACGGGGCAGCAAGGGGGAGCCGGGAGAGCGUGGCCUGAAGGGUGCAGAAGGGGACAAGGGGGACAAGGGGGAGCAAGGGACGCUCGGAGAGAAGGGCAUGAGGGGUGAACAAGGAGAGAAGGGCUCCAUGGGCUUCCCUGGGGCACGUGGCCCUAGUGGGCAGAAGGGAGAGGUUGGAGCACCAGGAGAGCCUGGCGAGCCGGGUCAGCCUGGCCGUGAUGGGAUCCCCGGGGCCAGGGGAGAGAAGGGGGACAUGGGACCCCUGGGCAUGCGUGGCCUAAAGGGUGACCGGGGCAUGAAAGGUGCCUGUGGCCUCAACGGGGACAAGGGUGAGAAGGGAGAGCCAGGGAUCCCAGGGCGCUCAGGACUGCCAGGAAGGAAAGGCGAGCCGGGAGAGAUGGGUCUGUCAGGACCACCAGGCAUUCCAGGAAAGGAGGGGCUCAUGGGACCCAAGGGUGACCGGGGAUUUGAUGGGCAGCAGGGAGCCAAAGGAGACCAGGGGGAGAAAGGAGACCGGGGUGCCCCAGGUGUUAUGGGUGUCCCUGGUCCCCGGGGCAGUGAUGGUGCUCCUGGUCCCCCUGGGCCUUCAGGGAGUGUUGGACCACGAGGUCCUGAGGGCAUGCAGGGCCAGAAGGGGGAGAGAGGCCCCCCUGGACAGUCAGUGCCAGGUGCACGUGGCAUGCCCGGCAUCCCCGGUGAGAGAGGAGAGCAGGGCAGUCCUGGCACCCACGGGCUCCGUGGGGAGAAGGGGGAGCCGGGCAUGACGGAGGAGGAGAUCCGUGGCUUCGUCAGGCAGGAGAUGAGCCAGCACUGUGCCUGUGGUGGCCACUUUCCACGGCACCAGGAUUCACGUGAGCACUCAGGUUGCAGCUCUUCUUUCCUAUCCCCCUGCCCCACACGUGUGGCACCAAAAGGGCCCUGGCCUGCAGGAGGCUGGGGGGCUCAGGCCAGGAGCAGCUUCCAUUCUGCCCAGGGAGCAGGAAGAAUCGUCCGCCAGGAGAGAGAGCAUGACCAAACAGGGUCCUUCUCCACUCAGCCGUUCCUUGCUGGCAGUGCUCACAUAGUCCCUGUGCUCAAGUUGUCACACACUGAAGAGGAUGAGGGGCAGGACAGGCAGAUCAUGCUCGACAAUGAUGACCUGGAGUAUGACAGUAUGGAUGGAGAGGAGGAGGACUAUGAUGAGAUGGAGAGCUUAGAGCAGCCUACAGUGGAUGCUGAGCCCUGCAGGCUGCCACUGGAUGAGGGGGACUGCCAGCACUACACCCUGCGGUGGUACUACAACCAAAGAGUCACGGAGUGCCGGCCCUUUGUCUACAGCGGCUGCCAGGGCAACCUCAACCGCUUCGACAGCAAGGAGGAGUGUGAGCUGCACUGUGGGCAGCACCCAGGGACAGCUCCUUGCUUCUCUCCGCAGAUUCCCGUGGCAGUGCCGGCAGCAAGGUGGGAGGGCAGCCAAAGGUGCAGGCGUAGGUGCAGGCAGUGUCUUGGCAGGCAGGGCUGCCUAGAAGUGGGGCCCAGCUGCUGCCCUGGCUGGGGCUGGGCUGCCCAUGUGCCCACCAGCCCCAGCAGGAACCUGGUGCUAUUUCUAACCUGUCUUUAUGCUGCUCAUGGGUUUUUCAUUGCCUAUCAGUUUAUUGUCAUUAAGGUGAAAUUUAUAUCAGAUGAGAAACUGCCUCCCACCAAGGCUCUGAACCCCCUAUCCCACUGGGCUGUUCUGUUAGAUUUUUAAAUUAUUUUUUGUCAACAGAAUGGUUCUUAGCCCUGUUCCCUCUCUCUGAAAGCACAACUGGGACUUGGCACAGUUGGGCUCCCUCCCCUCCCAUAAUAGCCCUGUACCCUUUCCUGCCCCCCAAACUCCCUCUCUGGUCCAUGCUCUCUGCUGAGAGAGUUGCCCAUAUCCUUGUGCCAGGCAGUGCCUCCCUGCACAGCAUCCCUCACCCCCACCCUGCAAUGAGCUCCAUCUGAAUAAAUUUCACCUUAACCUCAACUAGGGCCCAGUUCCCCUUUUGUGGCUGCAAUGGUUUGGCAAUGACCUGUGGGGAGACUGGAGGCUCUUGCCAUGUGCUACCCUUCAGCUCACACGCCUGCCAGCAGCACCUUUCUUUAAUCUGGGGGAUCUCACCUGCACCCCCAGGCCUGUCAGGAAAACCCUGAGGAUGGUGCUAUGUUAGAAGAGGUUCCUGCUUGUCCACGCUUACUCUCAAAGGCUUUGUGAAAGUGAUGUUGGCUGCCAGGGUCGCACCCUCUGCUUUCCCCCAUGCCCAGGGCUGAGUAGGGACAUGCCCUUCACUGUCCCAGAACCCCAGGGACUGCUGCGUGGGUAUUGUGGCUCCCACAUGUACUGCUGUUCUCUGUGUAUAUCAGUAUACAAAUGUAUAUGUGUACCAAUGCAGGGGGGAUGUGUAUUAAAGCU